ACAUUUCCACCCUUUAGGUCUGCCACAAUGUCUGAAAGAUCAGAUCUCCUUCGCUUCAAGUUUGAAAAUUAUGGAGAUUCAAUGUUACAAAAAAUGAACAAGUUAAGAGAAGAAAAUAAGUUUUGCGACGUCGCAGUUCAUAUAGAUGAUAUUGAGGUUCAGGGACAUAAAAUUGUGUUUGCCGCAGGCUCACCCUUCCUAAGAGACCAGUUCUUACUGAAUGAUUCCAGAGAAAUAAAGAUUUCCAUAUUGCAGAGUUCAGAAGUGGGGAGACAAUUGCUGCUAUCCUGUUAUAGUGGCAUUCUGGAAUUUCCUGAGAUGGAACUGGUAAAUUAUUUGACAGCUGCCAGCUUUCUUCAGAUGAGCCACAUUGUAGAACGGUGUACACAGGCCCUUUGGAAGUUUAUAAAGCCCAAGCAACCCUUGGAGGGCAAAGAGGAAUGUGAACAGCAGAGUGAUUCUUCAGAGUCAAAAGAACAGCAGGUAGAUGACAGAGACUCACAGGAGCAGGACUCCCCCUGUAUUCAGCCCUCUGAGGAUAGUAUGGACAUGGAGGACAGUGACAUUCAGAUUGUUAAAGUAGAAUCAAUUGGGGAAGUUUCAGAAGUUAGGAAUAAAAAAGAUCAAAAUCAGUUUAUUUCUUCUGAACCAACUGCUUUACAUUCCUCAGAACCCCAGCACUCUCUAAUUAACUCAACUGUGGAAAACAGAGUAAAUGAAAUUGAACAAAACCACCUCCACAAUUAUGCCCUUUCUUAUGCAGGUAGUGAUAACAUCAUUAUGGCCUCUAAAGACUUGUUUGGUCCUAAUAAUCGUGGAGUAGACAAAGGCCUUCAGUGGCAUCACCAGUGCCCAAAGUGUACCAGGGUGUUCCGUCAUCUAGAGAACUAUGCCAACCACUUAAAGAUGCAUAAACUCUUUAUGUGUUUACUCUGCGGGAAGACUUUUACUCAGAAAGGCAACCUCCACCGACACAUGCGAGUACAUGCAGGCAUCAAACCUUUCCAGUGUAAAAUUUGUGGGAAAACCUUCUCUCAGAAAUGUUCCUUACAGGAUCACCUUAACCUUCAUAGCGGAGAUAAACCCCAUAAAUGUAACUAUUGCGACAUGGUUUUUGCACAUAAACCAGUUUUGAGAAAACACCUGAAGCAGUUGCAUGGUAAAAACAGCUUUGAUAAUGCUAAUGAAAGAAAUGUACAAGACCUCACAGUGGAUUUUGAUUCUUUUGCUUGUACCACAGUUACAGAAACUAAAGGGUGCCAGCAGCCACCUGAUGCAUCCCAGGUAUUAGAUGCAGGUAAACUGGCCCAGGCUGUACUGACUAUAAGGAGUGAUGGUACUUGUGUUAAUUAA